GCCCGGCUGUAGCGCCCGGCGCGGGGCGGAAGGGGAGGGGUCGGCUUUGUGGGGUUCAUUGAUCCUCGCAUCCCCUCCCCCCUUUUCUUAAGGGGGAUCUGGAUCGCCAGCCCCCGGGAAGGCGGGGGAGGGGGGAGCAGGCUGGUAUUUGGGUAUAACGCCCAGAGGGGGAUUUCUAAAGAGGGGCAGCGGGUGGGGGGAGGAUUUUUUGCCCUGACUUUCUCGGGAGACCAGUGGAGGCUGAUGUGAUUCUUGGCCAGUAAGCCUCAAUGCCGGUGGUGCACCCCGACCCCCCUGACGGGGGCUGGGGCUGGAUGGUGGUGCUGGCCGCCUUCUUCCAGUCGGCGCUGGUUUUCGGGGUGAUCCGCUCCUUCGGCAUCUUCUUCAUGGAGUUUGUGGGGUACUUCGGGGAGCUGUCAGGGCGGGUGUCCUGGAUCACCUCCAUCGGGAUCGCGGUGCAGCAAUUUGCUAGUCCGGUGGGCAGCGCCCUCAGCACGCAGUACGGCGCGCGCCCCGUGGUGAUGGCCGGGGGCUUCCUCUCAGGGCUGGGCAUGCUCCUGGCUUCCUUCGCCACCAGCCUGACCCACCUGUAUCUGAGCAUCGGGCUGCUCUCAGGCUUCGGGUGGGCCUUGGUCUUCACGCCCUCCGUGGCCUCGGUGGCCCGUUACUUCAAAAAGCGCCGGACGUUCGCCACGGGCUUGGCCUUCAUGGGCGUGGGCCUGUCCUCCUUCGCCUUCUCCCCGCUCUUCCAGUUCCUGGUGGACACCUACGCCUGGCGGGGGGCCCUCCUGGUGGUGGCCGGCAUGUCCUUCAACCUGGUGGUAUGCGGAGCCCUCAUCCGCCCCCUGACCCUCAAGGAGGACCUGGCCGGCCCCAGGGACCCUGGCGGGAGCUGCCUGGGGAAGCUUUCCACCCUCUUCGGCCUGCCUUUGCUGUCCCACUGGCCCUUUAUGAGAUUUGUCCUGGCCGUGACCUUGAUCAACACCGGCUACUUCAUUCCCUAUGUCCACUUGGUGGCCCGAGCCUGGGAGCUGGGCUUCGACGAGUACCAGGCUGCCUUCCUCAUGUCCGUGGCAGCUGUGGCCGACCUGUCUGGCCGCCUCCUCUCGGGUUGGCUGGCCGACUGCCGGGUUUUCCGCCUCGUCCACAUCUUGGUGGCCUGGACCUCCCUGACUGGCAUCUCCUUGGCGCUGGUGCCUCUGGGACGCAGCUACCCGUUGCUGAUGGCCAUCAGCAUCUGCUACGGGUUCUUCUCCGGGGCGCUGACCCCCGUGGUCUUUUCCAUCCUGCCGGAAAUCGUGGGUAUUGGGCGGAUUUUCGGCUCGAUGGGGCUGCUGCAGAUGAUGGAGAGCAUCGGCGGGCUUCUGGGAGCACCGUUCUCUGGCUGGUUGCGGGACAUGACUGGGAACUACACGGCCUCUUUCUUGGCAGCUGGGGCUUUCCUCUUGGCCGGAAGCCUGGUUUUGGUCACUCUACCCAACUUCUUUUCCUGUCUGAGCUCCUCUCCUGCCUGCAGCCAGGUGGAGGCCGGGACAGAGCCGUCCCUAUUGACACCGGCCUGUGGGAAACAUUCCUCCCAGGACAGAGACUGUCUGGCCAGAAGCCAAGAUCUCAGGAAGCCGACGUGACUACAAGGGAGUGCUGGCCGUGCCAGCCAGUGGCUGGGUGAAGGGGAGGGGGACCAAGGAGGGACAGCUCCAUCCCACCCCCCGCAGCUCUGUUGGGGCCCCUCAAUCCAUUAUUACAACCUGGGGCUUCUCCCUCCUCUCUCAGGGGUCCAAUCCCCUGUUUGUAUUCUCUGAUCCCUGGAGUGAACUCCUUCACUGGGACCAUAACCAGGUUCUGGAAGGCUUAAUGCGGUAAAUUCGAGCCUGGGGAGGGGUCUUAGGGUUUUGUCUCUCUUCCCUGCCACCACCCUCUUCAACAUCUCGACCUAGAAGGAUGUUCCUUCACAGAAAUAAGCCACUUCACUACCACCCUUGCCCACCUGGAUUCUCCUCUGGUGCCUCCCACGGGCUGGAAGGCUAGGUCCAUAAUGUGGGGAGGACACUGAGGAACCGGGGGGGACCCCAGCGAGGAACAGAAAUUGGACCAGAGCCUGGGUCUAACAUAGAGAAUGUUUUAUAAAGGGGGAGGGGGAUCGGGCUGCUCCAUUCAUUUGGGGAAAUACGGCACUGCCCCAGCGAGGGCAGGUGUAUGCAAACAGGGAAGUAAAAGGCCACAUCCUGUAAUCUCGUGGUCAGCAUGCCCCUGCCUCAGUUUCCCUACUUGCUUCUGGGAAUGGCUGGCUUGAAAUGGACACUCAGCUUUGCACCCCACUCCGGGGGCAUGAGGGAUGUCCCAGAGCCCAGAAAUGCAGUUACGGAUCUAAAAAUGCCUCCCCGCCCCAGAUUUAUGGAUUUUGUGCUGCUAGAUGUGUAAUUAGAUGGGUGUGGCUGGGGAAGGGAAGAGGGGGGUCUCGGGGCAUCGUUUAUCCUUCAAAAGGUAGUAUUCGGUGAUUUAAAAUGGGGGAGGGGGUUAUUUCGAGAAAUCACAGUUUUGAGAGGGGACAAAAGCGGUGGUUUCGAGUGCCACUUUUUCUGGAACAGAGCUGCGUUAAGGGGGGGGAAUUAAAACCAGACAAUUCCUCUGG